AUGAUCCACGAACCUUCAACCGACUACGGAAAGGUCACCACGCCGAACCUCGACCCGCGAUCAAGCUCUGUUGUCAGCGACUGCCACCAGAAGCACAACAUCGCUGAGGAAGAUGAAGAAGAGGACUCGUACUCCAAGAUGUCUCUGCAGAAGAAGAUCCUGUGGGGCGUCAUCUACGGCUUCGCGUCGCUGGCCGCGCUGUACUUCUUCAUGGUGGCCGUCAAGCUCAUCGGCGACGGCUUCACGCUGGCGCUGGGCUGCGACACCAAGGGCGCCUUCGACUUCGCCGACAACCCGGUGGCUGGCCUGAUGAUCGGAACCAUCGCCACCGCGCUGCUGCACAGCUCCGGCACGGUGACGUCCAUCGUCGUGGCCCUCGUGGGCUCCGGCGGCAUGACCAUCCGCCAGGGUGUGUAUGUGAUCAUGGGCGCCAACAUCGGCACGUGCAUCACGUGCAUCAUGGUGGCGUUUGGCCAGGUCGGAGACCGCGCCCGCUUCCAGCGCGCUAUGGCUGCCGCUACGGUCCACGACAUGUACAACCUCUGGUCGGUGUUCGUGCUGUUCCCCCUUGAGGUGCUGCUCCACCCGCUCGAGGAGAUGUCGAUCGCCAUGUCGAACGCCAAGACCAACAGCGGCUCGUUCAGUAGCCCUGUUGACGCCGUCGUGAACCCGCUGACGCAUGAACUGCUGGUUGUGGACAAGGACGCCAUCUAUGAAGUUGCUACCGGUGACGUUGUGUGCGAGCCCGGCCAGUCGUUCGUCACUUCUGGCGCCUUCGAGGGCUCCAGCCUGAGCGACGGCAGCAUCGGUGCCAUCACGGUCGUCAUCGGUUUCUGUAUCCUCGUGUGCUCGCUGCUGACGCUGGUGAAGAUGCUGGCGAAGGUCUUCAUGGGCCCCACGAAGCGCCUCAUUUCCAAGCUGCUCAACUACAACGGCUACAUCAACAUCAUCGUCGGCACCAUGAUCACCUUCUGCGUGCACUCGUCGACGGUCGUCACGUCCACCCUUACCCCGCUGGCAGGCCUGGGUGUGAUCACGCUGGAGCAAGUCUACCCGCUGGUGAUCGGAGCCAACUUGGGUACAACCGGCACGGCGUUGCUGGCCGCCUUGGUGACGGGCAAGUCCGACUCGGUUGCCAUCGCGCUCGUGCACUUCUGGUUCAACGUGUUCGGCAUCCUGCUCUUCUACCCGAUCCCAAUCACCCGCAAGCCCAUUCUGAGCUGGGCUCGCUCGCUGGCCUUCUUCAGUGCUGCGUGGUCCAUGUCCGCGGUGCUCUUCCUGGUGAUCCUCUUCUUGGUGGCGCCGGGCAUCUUGCUGGGACUCGUGUACAUGUGCACCGCUGAUGGCACGGCGGUGGUGGUGCUCGGGUACAUCAUCGCUGUCAUUGUGGUGGUCGCGAUGGUGGGCAUCGUGUUCUGGUACUCAAAGAAGGGUGGCCGCACGGUGUGGCACAACUUCCUAGAGAAGAAGCGGCUGGAGCGCGAAGCGCAGGAGGCCCGUGACGCUGCUAGGUCGCACACCCAGUCCAACCUCCCACACAAUGCGGUUUAA